AUCGGCGCUGUACGCAGAAAUGUUGGUAAAUGCCACCGCUUAAUAUAGCAUCAGUCUUAUCAGGACGACAUUAGACCUCUGAUAGCAAUAAUAUAGAGGCACAGACGGUUCCAGCAGCACUACUGUGAUAUUUCUGUCCGUAGUAAAAGGUAGAAUAAACAAGAAAAGAACUCAGAGAGCGCAGUACUCCACCAAGGCUGCUCAGUCGUAUCAUUUCAGAUGGCUGAAAUCUUAAAAAAUUUGAGGUAGAAAUCACAGCAACAUUGAAUGUGUCCAUUUAAUAUAGAUGUACCCACAAAUAAAAUGACCUUGCGCUGAGCACAGGCGUGUGUUAUGCAUGUGCACGUUAUGUACAGAUACAGAAUCACAUGACCUAAAUAUGUAGCGGGCAGCAGGAAUUGAUGGGACUCAGAAACACCCCCACAAUUUAAUCAAUUGUUCCUUGUAUCAUUUCCGUGUUCGAUCUGUAGUAGGAUCACAAUCAUGUGGUCGUCAGCAGGCAGCUGAUGUAGUGUUCACUUGUUGUCAUAGUUACAGUGACGCCAUGCUGCUAUCUGGCAAUGAUUCAGAAAUCUUUAACAAAUCUGUGGAUCCAGACUAUAAGCCACAUCACUGGCAAAAUCUAAUCACUUGGUCCUUGUGUCAUUUCUGACCUUCCCUGAAAAUUUCAUAAAAAUCCGUUAGUCUGUUUCUGAGUAAUUCUCAAGCAAGCAUAAGUUAUGGCAACUGGACUAACCUCGUGUGAGUCGAAAACGUUUCACCUCUCAUCCAAGAGGCUUCUUCAGUUCUGAAAGCCUGGUGGGGAGUACCAGAUAUUUAUCCACCAGGAGGGUGGUGGCAAAAACAAGUGGACAAAGACCCGAAACCAACAGACUCGUUAGGUGUUAAUGUGAGUCGUUAGCCUUUGAUGGGCGGUCGUUACCCCUCCCAGCCCUCUAGGAGGGUGGUUGGGGGUCCAGCCCGGAACUGAUUGAAUAUCAGUGAAGAUAUUAAUUUUUGAAAUGUUAAGAUUUUUCCUUUUUUGGACUUCAGCAUAAGCUAUUGACAUGAUUUCAACUUUUUCUUGAUAAUUCUGAGAUAUUCAGUUUUUUAAAAAAGCGACAGCUGAGGCUUUAAAAGAAUCACUGAAGUUCUCAAAUUUAAAUUCAAGCCCACGCACACCUCUCUGGUAUUUCCUGGUGUGUCAUGGAAACCCCCUGCAGUGACGCCUUAGUGUGUCACCAUAUCUGUUAAAUAUCUCUUGAGGAAGUGUGAAGGAGGUUCUGCCCUGAUUUAACAUCGAGUCAUUUGUAAUGCAGAUUUAAAGCAACAGUCAUGGAGCCAAAGUGUUUUUCCAGCAGAGAAACAAGUUAAAAACUAACCUAAGAAGUUUGAAGAUCGGGGUUGAGACCCCACAGUGUAAUUUACAGUGUAGAUUAACCAGAGCAAUUUAAGCAUUACAGUUGAAACCCUAUGAAAUUGUAUAAAAUGCAGGAGGAGAUCUUCGGCAGAACCAGGUUCAGUGAGAGCAGACGUCUACCUCAACUGCUCCAGUGUAUGUUUUCUCUUUUUCCCUACAUUUUUUAAAAAGAUCUCCUUUAGCACAAUGCAAGCUGCCUGAUUUACCUAGUAAGUAAUUUAAACAUAACAGUUGAAACCCUAUGAAGUUGUUUAAAAUGCACAACGAGAUCUUUAGCAGAACCAGGUUCAGGAGGAGCAGACAUCUGCCUCGGUUGGUUGGUCGGUUUGUGGCAGUGAAUUGUGCUGUCUUCCUGUAUUUAAAUCAGCUGAAAUAUAAUUCUAUUAGUCACUCUUCUCACAGUGUGAUAGUAUUUAAGUGUUGCAGUAUUCCACCAUUUUUUUGGGUUUAUUUUUGCUGCCCGAUUUACCCAGUAAGUAAUUCAAACAUUACGGUUUAAAUGAAGUUGUAUAAAAUGCAGGAAGAGAUCUUUGGCAGAACCAGGUUCGGGGAGAGCAGACGUCUGCCUCGACUUUUUACAAUUAAUGCUGUAAAUAAUAAUAGUUUCAAAAAACUGUAUUUCCACAAUUUUGUGGCUUUAAAUUGUGCUGUCUUCCUGUAUUUAAAUCAGUUGAAAUAUAAUUUUGUCACUACGCUCAUAAUGUUGUAGUUUUUAAGUGUUGCAGAAUUCCACCUUUGUUUUUUGGUUUAUUUUUGCUGCUUUAUUUACCUUGUAAGUACAGUUGAAACCCUGUGAAGCUGUAUAAAAUGCAGGAGGAGAUCUUCGGCAGAACUAGGCUCAGGAAGAGCAGAUGUCUGCCUCGACUGGUUAGGGUGAGAUCAGAUCAAUCCACUAAUUAAGGAGCUCACCUUCCACCUUGAGGAUGACCUUGGCGGUGUGCUCGCCCCUCUUGGUAUGAACGUGACACCUGUAGGUGCCUCGGUCCUUCAGGCUGCUCCUCCUGAGGACGAGAGUGGCGUUGCCGCGGGUUACCAGGUGCGGGGAGACGGAGGCCCGUCCGGCGAGCUGAUCGUGCUCGACGUGCUCUUUGCUGCUGCUGCUGUCGCUGUCGUCGUCAUCGUCGCUCCGCUCAAACUUGUAGACGACCACGUCCUGCCGGAACCACUCGACGGUUUCCUCGCCGCCCGGCUGGAAGCUACAGGGAAGGAAACACUCCUCGGAGACGAAGCAGGUCACGGUGACGUCUGGAACAUGACGGCAAGACCAGAAAAAGGGAAACUGAUGAAAUCAUCCUAGUGUUUCACAGCUGGAACGGUGAACACGUGAGGACAAAACGGGAAUUUGUUGGUCUUUCCACACAGCUGAAGGUUCAGGCCGGGCGACGCCUGGACGACAACCGAGACAAAACUGGAAUCAGAGAAUUGGUUUCGUGCCAGACGAGGAACCUUUUAAUCCCUCCUGCAGACGGAUCAUUGAAGCUGCCGGACAAAGAGGCGUUUGUGUCCUACCUGGGGUUUUGUCCUGCAGGGAGAAGCCGAUCCACAGCAGGAAGCAGGUCCAGGUGAGUAUCGAACACAUGGUUUCCUUUCAGCUGCACUCAUUUAAGACGCAGACCUUCAGUCCAUUCUCCUGCCACUGUGCUGCCUUCUUUCCACUCUUCUUUCCCUUCCGGCAGGUUUUUUCCUUGGAUCUCUCUGGGUGGUUCUGGCAUCACACACAGAUACAAGAGAGAGAGAGAAAAAAAGCAUAAUUAGAGACACAUUCCUGCCGAUCUGGACACAGGAAGGUAGAACGUGACGGAGCAUGUGCACAACUCAGGUCUGAUCCUUUGAUGCUUCAGGGAGGAUUUCCUUUUCAUGGCCACAAAAACCAAAAUGAAAGUGAGAUUUGCAGCCCUUUCAUCCACCGCAACCCCCGAAAACCUUCUUCCUUUUGUUCUCCGUCAUUCCUACGUGUCAUUUCUCCUCCUCGUCCUCCACUUCCAACCUUUGUUUUCCAUCUUCUGGUAAGAAUAAGGAUCCACGUGGCUCUCACACUAUCUCCACACCAUCUCCAAAACAAGCACAGGUGAACUUCACUUCAAAGACAUUCAGAAACCUGAGGGAAGUUUACUGCUAGAGGGAAGAAAAUGGUUUAAUAAUGAGGAGGUGAUGAAGGUCUGAGUCGGUGUCGUAACGGCGUGUUUACGUUGGUUCUUCCUGCUGAAGACAAUACCCUCUUUAGGUUUAAACACCACAGAAGAAGAACCUUAUCUCAUAUUUACUGAUGAUGGAUGUUUGUUGGCUGAAGAAGAAGAGAAACACUUGGAUGUUUUCCAAUAAAAGGACUAAAAGUGCAGAAACAGUAACACGAGGAGGUUAAGACGGUAUUUUAUAGUGUUUAUUUUAAAGUACCUAGGCAUAUUUUUUAGCGUAAAGACGUAUUUUCUAGUAUUAAGACAUAUUUUCUACAAUUAAGGUGUAUUUUUAUAGUGUUGAGAUGUAUAAUUUACAGGAUUAAGACGUAUUUUAGAGAGUUGAGACAUAUUUUUUGGUGUUAAGAUGGAUUUUUUGGCCUUCUGUUUACUUUAUUAGAUAGGUGAGUUGAGAGUCAGACAGGAAAGCAGGGAGAAGAAUGGGAGAGGACCUGCAGUAAAGGGCCGUGAGCUGGAAUCGAACCCAGGUCGCUGCAUCGAGGACUAUAGCCCCAGUUUACAGGUCAACUGGUUGAGCAGACGUAUCGACUACAAGCUGAAGCGACAGGACAGCACCAAAACUCUGCUGAUAAAAACUGAACAACUGCUGAGGAUCGAGGAGCACGACUUCGCCAUGAGGCCGGGCUUCGGAGGUUCAGCCAUCCCUGUGGGCAUCGACGUGCAGGUGGAGAGCAUCGACAGCAUCUCAGAGGUCAACAUGGACUUCACCAUGACUCUGUACCUGCGUCACUACUGGAAGGACGAGCGCCUUUCGUUUCCAUCUCGAACCAACCAGAGCAGGACAUUCGACUCGCGGCUGGUGAAGAAGAUCUGGGUUCCCGACGUCUUCUUCGUGCACUCGAAGCGCUCCUUCAUCCACGACACCACCAUGGAGAACAUCAUGCUGCGAGUUUACCCCGAUGGAAACAUCCUCUACAGCGUCAGGGUGACGGUGACGGCGCUCUGCUCCAUGGACUUCAGCAGCUUCCCCCUGGACACCCAGAACUGUUCGCUGGAGCUGGAGAGCUACGCCUACAAUGAGAACGACUUGAUGCUGUACUGGAAGAACGGCAACGACUCUCUGAGGACGGACGAGAUCGUCUUAUCGCAGUUCUUCAUCGAGCACUUCCACGCCUCCAGCGGCCUGGCUUUCUACAGCAGCACCGGUUGGUACAAUCGUCUGUUCAUUAACUUCAUCCUGCGGCGGCACAUCUUCUUCUUCAUGCUGCAGACCUACUUCCCCACCAUGCUGAUGGUGGUCCUGUCCUGGGUGUCCUUCUGGAUCGACCGGAGGGCCGUUCCUGCUCGAGUGUCUCUGGGUAUCACCACGGUGCUCACCAUGUCCACCAUCAUCACCGGAGUGUCCUCCUCCAUGCCUCAGGUGUCGUACGUGAAGGCGGUGGACAUCUACCUGUGGACCAGCUUCCUGUUCGUCUUCCUGUCUGUGAUCGAAUACGCAGCCGUGAACUACUGCACCACUCUGGAGGAGAUGAGGAAGAUGAAGAGGGGGAAGAUCCCCUCCACCUUCAACGCCAGCCAGGCGAUGGCCUUCGACGGCUGUUUCCACGACAACGACAUCGAGCUGACUCCGUUCCCUCGGAUGGCGCCCACCCUGACCUCCGACCCCCUCACCCCGCCCCCCCAGAACCCGGACGUCCGGCCCACGGAGGGGACUCGCCUCCGCCGGCAGCGCUCGGUGCGUGAGAACGUGGACCUGCUGGUGAGCAACAGCUACAUGAUCGACUCGUACUCGCGGCUGGCCUUCCCUCUGUCCUACCUGCUGUUCAACACCAUCUACUGGAGCCUGUACUCCUGAUCCACAGAGGCAGAGCUGGAUCCUCCGAGGCUCCACGCUGGAUUUACUCGUCAUUUCAGGGCUCGUCCAGCUCCGUCAUGUUCACUGCUGGAGAGGUUAACCUAAAAACACUGGAGUCCAUCAGCAGGAACUCUCUCAUUCUGCACAACUAUUUCACUCAAACUCAUGGAAGUGGCUUAAAACCUGAGAUCACACCAACAGAAUCUGAUUUUUUUUUAAUAAUCUGUGUCUUUUCUUUUUGUGCUUCAUAGUUACCUCAAGCUUUUAUUUCUGAACGAUGUUAUUUACCCAUUUCUUUAGCUACAAGGACAUUCAAGUGAAAGUGUGUUUUUUUUUCUUCAAAUAAAAGCUCCUUUGAUUGGAAAAACAAAUUACUAAACAUGUAAUUUAUUUUAUUUGAUGCAUUUUUAACCGAUGUGCUGUAGCUGCUGCCCUGAAGUCACCGCCCUUACCGUGAAUUUAUCUUUAGAAGUAAAGAAAUAAUUUUAAUCUGAUCUGAAAUAACUACUUCAGAAAUACAAUUUGAAAUAUUUUACUUAGAAAAAUCAUUGAUAUGGGUGUAUGUGGUUCA